AGGCCCCUGGAGGAGAAGGAGAGGAAAAACCCACACAAACCAGCUCUGUCAGUGGCGCUUUCUGCUUUCACAAGGGGAAGCGCUGGGAAAUAAUUAAUAUUUUUGUAUGAUUAAAUUUGGAGGGAGUUUGGUACAAGCCGAUCGCUAUCAGCCAUCUUGUUCCCUUGUAGGUUGCCUGCAGCUCAGAUCCCUUGGAAAUCACCAGAUAAAUGCCCAUUACAUCCAUUUUCAUCUUAAGAUUUGCCUGAGAGCUUCAGAAUGGAUGGAUUUUAUGACCAACAAGUGCCUUACAUGGUCAGCAAUAAUCCGAGUGGGAGAACCUGCCAUGAAAGAAUAACAAGCGUCAGAAAAAGAAAGUUUCUAAAUCGAGACCUGGCUCAUGAUACAGAAGAACUCUUCCAAGAUCUUAGCCAGUUACAGGAAACAUGGCUUGCUGAAGCUCAGGUGCCUGACAAUGAUGAACAGUUUGUUCCUGAUUAUCAGGCUGAAAACUUGGCUUUUCAUGGUGUUCCACUAAAGAUCAAGAAGGAACCACACAGUCCCUGCUCAGAACUGAACACUGCUUGCAGUCAAGAACAGCCAUUCAAGUUCAGCUAUGGGGAAAAGUGCCUGUACAAUGUCAGUGCCUAUGAUCAGAAACCACAAGUUGGAAUGAGGCCCUCUAACCCACCAACACCUUCAAGCACUCCUGUGUCCCCACUACACCAUGCAUCACCCGGUGCCAAUCAGACUCCAAAACCAGACCGACUCUUCCCUACUCACCUUCCACCAUCCCAACCCAUCCCAGACAACAGCUAUUCUAUGGACCAUAGAUUUCGCCGGCAGCUUUCUGAACCGAGCAAUUCUUUCCCACCACUGCCUGCAAUGCCAAGGGAAGGCAGACCUAUGUACCAACGACAGAUGUCAGAGCCAAGCAUUCAGUUUCCUCCGCAAGGAUUUAAACAAGAAUACCACGAUCCAGUUUAUGAACAUAACACUAUGGUUGGAAAUGCACCCAAUCAAACGUUCCCUCCACCACUCAUGAUAAAACAGGAACCUAGAGAUUUUGCUUACGACUCAGAAGUGCCUAGCUGUCAUUCCAUUUAUAUGAGGCAAGAAGCUUACCUCACUCACCCUGGUGGAGCAGAAGGUUGCAUGUUUGAAAAAGGGCCCCGGCAAUUCUUUGACGACACAUGUGUUGUUCCUGAAAAGUUCGAUGGAGACAUUAAACAGGAACCAGGAUUAUACCGCGAGGGGCCGACUUAUCAGAGGAGAGGUUCUCUUCAGUUGUGGCAGUUUUUGGUAGCACUCCUUGAUGAUCCCGCUAAUUCACACUUCAUUGCAUGGACAGGCCGAGGCAUGGAGUUUAAACUCAUUGAACCGGAGGAGGUGGCACGUCGCUGGGGGAUCCAGAAAAACAGACCGGCCAUGAACUAUGAUAAACUUAGUCGUUCUCUGCGGUACUAUUAUGAGAAGGGAAUUAUGCAGAAGGUUGCUGGAGAGAGAUAUGUGUACAAAUUUGUCUGUGACCCGGAAGCUCUCUUCUCAAUGGCUUUCCCAGAUAAUCAACGGCCAUUACUGAAGACCGAUAUGGAACGGCACAUAAAUGAAGAGGACACCGUCCCACUGUCCCAUUUUGAUGAAAAUAUGACAUACAUUCAGGAUGGUGGCUACUGUAAUACCCAUCCAUAUAAUGAAGGAUAUGUGUAUUAAGAGACAGAAAAUGAUCAAGUUCAUUUCACGUUCCUUCUUUGCAAGACCCAAGAAAAGCAAAAUAUACUUUUUUAUAUAUAGUAGUUCAUAAAUGGGCUUUUCCUGUUGCAUAUCUCCUAUGGUCUGCCAUGGACAGAGCACUUUAUUUGCAGGAAAUUGGAUGGAAAUGUAUACAAUGUAUGUAACAGGUUUAAAAAGAUGGAUAUACUAUUCAUUUAUGCUUGGGAAGGGAACUUAAAGGUUUAAGGUACUUCAUUACUAAA